AUGCACAGUUACUGGUCACCAGUUUUUCUGCCAUAUCCAGAUGGCAGCCAAUAUCCCAGUAACAUUCAGAAUGUUGGUUAUCCAUUUCAAUAUGGAAUGGGAACUCUGACUCCUCACAUCGCUACAAGCUCCGCAACGAGCGGAAGAGGUUGUUCAGAGAAUAGUCCCGAUUGUAGGGAAACUGCAGUGCCAUGUACAAACUCAAUUGUUGAUGAAGAAAGUAAAGAGGAUAGACCCAAAUCACCUGAAACCGACGAUUGCACUACCGGUUCACUACAAUUAGUGCAAACGGAUGGUGAUAAUAUAAUUGAGGAGCCAAGGUCGGGGAUGGAAUUCAAUUCUUUUGAAGAUUUACAUAGUUAUUAUAAGGAUUAUGCUAAGAAAUGCGGGUUUGGGGUGAUGACACAAAGGAGUGAGAAGGGAGAUGAUCAAAGUAUCAGAUAUGUCACUCUUGGUUGUGCCCGUGGAGGGAAAGCCCGGAUUAAGAGUUUGAACGUUGCAAAGCCACGCCCGACAGGAAAGACGGAUUGUAAGGCAAGGAUUAAUGCCUUAAAGGUUGAAGGAAAGAUGCGGUUAACAACAGUCCAUAAUACACAUAAUCACGGCCUCAGUCCAAAGAAAUCUCGCUUCUUUCGUUGUAACAGAGAAGUGAGUGAGACUGUAAAAAGAGUCUUAGAUACAAACGACUUGGCUGGGAUCCGGAUGAAUAAGAGUUUCGGAUCUCUUGUCGUUGGUGCAGGAGGUUUCGAGAACCUCCCAUUUUUAGAAAAGGAUUGUCGCAAUUAUAUAGAUAAGUGUAUGGAUGGUAUACCUCCAAAAGCUAUUAUUACUGAUCAAGAUAGAGCAAUGAAAAAUGCAAUUGCUAAGGUCUUUCCAGAAAGUCGGCAUAGAUUCUGUUUAUGGCAUAUACUGAAGAAAGUUCCCGAGAAGCUUGGGUCAUAUGCUGCCUACAAAAGUGGACUAAAAAGUCACCUAAUGAAAUGUGUGUACGACACUCAAACAGUUGAGGAGUUUGAGAAAUGUUGGGAUGGGUUACUUAACACAUAUGAUUUACAUGAGAAUGUCUGGUUGAAAAGUUUAUAUGAUGAGCGUCAGCAUUGGGUACCAGUAUUCUUAAAAGAGUACUUAUGGGCUGGAAUGAGUACAACCCAGCGUAGUGAAAGUAUGAAUGCUUUUUUUGAUGGUUAUGUUCAUGCGAAGACAAAUUUGAAGGAGUUUGUCGACCAGUUUGACAGUGCACUGAGGAAAAAAAUUGAGAAUGAAAACAAUGCCGACUUCCACACAUUUAGCGUCACCAUUCCCUGUAUAUCUAGAUCUCCAAUUGAGAAGAGAUUUCAAGAGUUGUACACGAAUGCUAAAUUUAGGGAAGUCCAGCAGCAAGUAAUGGGUGUGCUCGAUAUGGAUCCGUGUCUACUUAGUGAGGAUGGUGUAAUGAAAAGAUAUCUGGUGGAAGAUGAAGUUCAUGUUGAAGAGUUCACUAAGCUUGUUACGUAUUCAGUGAACUUCAAUGUGGAAGACUGCGAUGGAAAGUGUUCAUGUGGGUUAUUCGAGAUGAGGGGGAUACUGUGUAGGCAUAUUUUAGCCAUCUUCAAAGCUAAUGGUAUAAAGUUAUUGCCAGACCGGUACAUUUUAGAUCGAUGGAGGAAGGACAUUAAGAGGAGAUACACGUUAAUCCACAGUAGCUAUGAUGCUGGGGAUCAGAGGCCAGAUGGGAAUAGAUAUUCAAGUUUGCUGAAUAUAUGUUAUCAGAUGAUAACUUAUGCAGCGGGUUCCAAUGAGCAGUUUGAAGAUGCAAAAAAGAAGUUAUAUUCAAUGAUUGACUUGUACCGUGAUAAUCAACUCCCCCCAUCUAUGACUCAAACAGCUUGA